GCCGCUCUGGGUCUUGCGUGUAACGACUUUGAUUCCAUUGAUAUCGACGGCGACGGUUUUAUUUCCCCAAAGGAACACAAGGCGUUUUUCUAUGGUAAUGGGAUUCCAACUGAUAAGUCGGGGAUGUCUUCAAAGUGCUUGAUACAGACGGCGAUGGCAUGAUAAGCAGAGAUGAGUUCGUGCAGGGUCAUGUUGACUUCUUUUACAGCGAAGACGAAAACAGCCCCUAUGCCUGUUUCAUGGGACCUCUUGUGGACUAAAUUUGACCAUCAACUGGUCUUAGAUGUUUCUGGAAUCAAUUUUCACGGUGAUUAUUAAUGCUUUGCUCUACGCCAUUUGAUAAUACAGACGUACAUAUAUGAUAAACAUGUGACUCGUGUUAGCCUCGAGGCUGUCUAUGAAAAGGCCUUUUUAACAUAAACAAUGCUACUGCUAUUAUAAUGAAUCUACAUGUUAUUCUAAUCUGAAGACCCGAAAAUGGUAUUGCAACGUUUCUGAAGCUUGCUAAGCCUUUACUGCAAGAGAAAAGUAGGCUCGGGGUUAAUGGAGCUUUUUAGCAGGAGAGGGGCAUCGAAUACAAAUAUAUUUUCUCUUGUUGUUGUUAAAUAACUCUCCUCAUCAAUAAGGCGAAUCGACGACCUCACCGUGAGGGGUCACUAUAUAAUGUUUGGACCGUAUGGGCUGUGACUGAGUGUGCUGUGAGUGUGCAGUAGCAGAUUCUUUGUUUGAAAGGAACCAUCAUCAUAUAAACAAUAUGAUAUCUAUCAAAUUACUGGCAUGAACUUGUUGCAUUUCCAUUAUGAUGUUAAGGUAGAAGUGAUAGGGAAAAGUUUUUUUGACUGUUGGUGCAUAUUGGCAAAAUAUUCAGUAUUUUGUGGUUAUAGAAAUUAUUUCAAUGUUACUUGAAUGUUUACUGAAGGAAGCCCUCUUGUUUGAACCAUUAGUCAACUUAAAUGCCACACACACACACACACACACACACACACACACAGCCUCCGAAAGACGAAUAAAGAACACUGUGUAACGCAUGGUCACGUUUCCCCUAUUAUCCUACAAAAACCUAUUAACCUGUUUCAAGUUACCUGUUUCAAGUUCCAUCAAGUCUGAUAUGCGACGUCACCAACACGAAACUCGACCCUGGACUAAUGGCGCCUAAUUGUGUCUGUCAGCGAGGAUAUGACAAAGUGUCAGUCAAGCGCUUUCAUCGCAGUGAAGAAAGGUGGUAAUUGGCUGCCUUUAGACUUGGAACAAGUUCGUUCUCAUAGACAGGAUUACAUUAUAAUCCCGUACCUAUAAUGUUUUCUAUGUUGGCAGGAUGGCGUGAUGUCGAAUAGUAUUUGUAAUGGUUCGUAUGUUAUAUAGAUACGAGAGCAUCCAGGCUUUCAUUGAAUGUCACCACCAGAUUAUUUAACAUUUUACGAAAUCGGUCCUCGUACAUGUAAUGCUUAAUGAGAUGACUCACGGUGAGAAAACCUGUUAUAAACUCAGUAAAAUGAGUUUUAGUUUAAAGCUUACGUUCCAGUUGCAAAAAUACCACGGUCGACAAGACACCUAUGUCUGGAAAAUAUUUUACACAACGUCUCCUGCAAGGCAUGUUUUCUCGUGGUAUUACACAGCAGGCUAUUUCCUUGAAAAGGACUCCUCACGACUACCCACCUGUGACAGGGACGGAACACUGGAAGAGAAAAAUCCGCACUUUAUUCAGAUCUCUCGAUGUGAACGGCGACGGGUAUAUAACGAGGAAGGCGUAUGAGAUGAGUGCCCAGCGUGUCAGCAGUUACAUGAACCUCGACGAAAACAAGGCAAAAGAGGUAAUGGAACACCGUGUAAAAAUCUGGGAGGCAUAUGACAGAGGAACGCAUUCGGAUGACCACCAGGUGUCCGAAGACGAGUAUCUGUCCGAACUGCUGGCUGUCAUCAAUACCACCUUCCGUGAGGCGUUCCUAGCUUUGGCCACUUAUGAAUUCGACGCUUAUGAUAUGGACGGCGACGGGUUCAUCUCCCCAAAGGAGCAUGAAGUGUUUUUCUACAGUUGGGGAAUUCCCACGGAGCACUCGGCAGGUGCAUUUAAGGCAGUUGAUAUCAACGGAGAUGGCUUGAUCAGCAGAGAGGAGUUCAUUCAAGCGGGGGUUGAUUUUUUGUUUGGCGAAGAUGAAAACAGCCCCUACAAUAUUUUCUUAGGGCCACUUGCAAACGUCCCUCUUCCUCAAUAAUUACUUUAUUUUUUCAUAUUGGGAAUGAGGGAUUUGGUUAAAUAAACACUUCUUAAACUUCUUAAUAGACACCGAGGCAUGUUUGAACCGAUGGAAGUUGCAUGCUGCCAGGCUUGUGAAUGAUAUACCUUAUCGCCAUUUUUACUCAAAUCUAAUAAUAAUGAGCAUUAUUUUAUAAAGUUGAAAUAGCAGUGGCUAUUGUUGCUACCACCAUUCAUGGGCAUGAUAAUUGUACUUAUAUAUAUACGUAUUUGGUAAUUAGGUAAAGAUACACACAUCUUACAAAAAGAUACACACAUCUUACAAAAUUUUAAUUACACUUGUUUUAUAUUUAUUUCACAUGUUAAUUAAUGUCAAACUCUUUCAAGGGGAUAUGUGGCCUUCUAUUUUCAUCUAUUGUCAUCUCUUUUCUCUUAUAUGGUGAUUUUCAUAUUUUAUUAAAAAUUAUCACAUAAUCACCACACAGGCAUAACAGUGAUCUUCAUUACUUUUAUGGACAACUUUUCAUGUUAGCCUUGCGUUUGGUUUUAUCUGUUUUAGCAUCACAUGGUUUCGGUGAUUCUUUGAGCAUGCUUUCUGGUAUUUGUCUCUUAUGUCCAAUUGUUUGGUCAUGCAACAUACAUUGUACAUUUAUUAACAAUUUUAUUUU